CUCAGUGUUGUCUUUUCAGAGCGCUCUGCCAUACAGUAGGUCCACAUAGGCAAUUAUAGCACAACAUUCAAAUCAUAAAAAUACAAGAAAAACGUUGUGAUGAAUGAAGUUGAGAGGCAUCCAGAGGAAAUUCUUGAAGAAUACUGCUCAGCUACAAAGCAUGGAGAAUGUGUUAUGGAGAAGCAUAAUGAUCCCAAUUUGAGGUUCAAUAAGCUUUCCCAGCAGGAGAUGGGUCUGGUCCAGCCUGUCCCUGUSCCAAGCACCCAGACCAGGGGACAGUGGUCCAGCAAGCUGGAGUUCCUCCUGGCUGUGGCCGGACAGAUCGUAGGCUUGGGGAAUGUAUGGAGGUUCCCAUAUCUGUGCUACAAAAAUGGAGGAGGGGUGUUCUUCAUCCCUUAUGUGCUCUUUCUGUUCACCUGUGGCAUUCCACUCUUUCUCCUGGAGACCUCCCUGGGCCAGUACACCACGCAGGGCAGCAUCACCUGCUGGAGGAAGAUCUGCCCCCUGUUUGAAGGACUGGGUUAUGGUAGUCAGGUGGUGGUUCUAUAUUCCAGCAUCUAUUACAUCAUCAUUCUAGCCUGGGCCUUCUUCUACCUCUUCUCCUCAUUCAGCUCUGAGCUCCCCUGGGCCAGUUGUAGAAACAGCUGGAACACAGCAACCUGCAUGGAGUUUGACAGAAGAGUAGUGGGACAUCUAAAUUGGACAGUAGCAGGAAACGCAACGUCGCCAGUGAGAGAGUUCUGGGAGAGAAGAGUUUUGAAUCUCACAGACAGUCCAAACAAUUUAGGCAGUGUUCGCUGGGAGCUGGCUCUGUGUCUUCUACUGUCAUGGAUUCUCUGUUACUUCUGUGUCUGGAAAGGAGUGAAGUCUACUGGGAAGGUGGUCUACUUCACUGCCACCUUCCCCUAUCUGAUGCUGGUGGUGUUGCUGGUCCGUGGACUCACACUGCCGGGGGCAAUAGAUGGUAUCAAGUUCUACCUCUACCCAGACCCAGCCCGCCUCACGGACCCACAGGUGUGGAUGGAUGCUGGAACACAAAUCUUCUUUUCCUAUGCUAUCUGCCUCGGCUGUCUGACUGCUCUUGGCAGCUACAACAAAUAUGACAACAACUGUUACAAGGACUGUGUGUACCUGUGCCUUUUGAACAGUGGAACCAGCUUUGUGGCCGGUUUUGCGAUCUUCUCUGUUCUGGGCUUCAUGGCUUAUGAACAAGGGACAGACAUCUCAACGGUGGCCGAAUCAGGUCCUGGCCUGGCAUUCAUCGCCUACCCUCGUGCCGUGGCCAUGAUGCCAUUACCCCAGCUUUGGGCCAUCUUAUUCUUCAUCAUGAUAAUCCUACUGGGGUUAGACAGUGAGUUUGUAGGUCUGGAGGCUUUGGUGACAGCCAUCUCAGACAUGAAUCCCCCCUUCUUCCUGGUUGGCCAUCGGCGUAAAAUCCUCCUCCUCAUCAUCAGUGUGGGUAGCUUCUUCAUCGGCCUGGUCAUGGUCACAGAGGGAGGCCUGUAUAUCUUCCAGCUGUUUGAUUACUAUGCCUGCAGUGGGAUGACUCUGCUUCUCUUCGCUAUACUACAGUCAGUGUGUAUCAGCUGGGUUUAUGGCUACAUUUGUCUUCUCCUUGAUAAAGUUUACUCCGCUGAAGUUCAACAACACCUUUCAGUAUCCUUGGUGGGGUUCCGCCGUUGGCUGGUGGUUCACUCUCUCCUCCACCCUCAUGGUUCCUCUAUGGAUGGUGUACAUCGUGAGCGUCACUCCUGGUACACUGCGACAGAGACUGUCCAUCCUCACCACGCCAUCAGAGGAUCUCCCCAUGACCAAGGCCCAGAAGAAUUCCCUCCUGGCCAAGCAGUCAGAGCAGGACAGACCCCUGGGGGACAUGGAGAUACCAGCCUGGGGCCACAACCUCCUAGACAGAGACACUGGCCCCCUGUAGAGACACUGACCCCCUCUCUCAGCCACCAUCCCUAUAGGACUAGAGAUAAGCAGGUCCAGCCAGUCACUCAAGGUCCUGACAUAAACAAUACAAAUACUUCCCGUUGUGUAACAGAGGCUUAUGUGACCCUUUGCUUGGUCUGAGUGGCUUAGAAAAGUAUAGUACAGAACAUAAUCCACCCCAUGCCUUUUUCUUGGGAGGGCGAUGUGGGCAAGUGUUUCCAAAACACACACUAUUUCCUGUAUGUAGCGCUGAUGAGACGUAGAAGCACUGGUUCUGGGAAGUCUUGGUGUGAAAAAAUAGAUUUUGUUCAUUCAUUCUGUUUGGCCCAGAAAACCCUACCUAGAAUUAUUAGAAUUACCGGUCAAUCUUGCUGUCUCAUGUCAGAAUGCAGAGAAAGCAUCUGAAGUGAGAUAUUGCGUAAGGUCCGGCAAAAUGAACCAGGUCAUGGCAGAGUAACCAGGUCAUGGCAGACUUGGGUCUUUGCAGAGUAAUGGAUGAAUAGAUCAAACACCUUUCACACAACAUGGUGGAAACAAAAACAUGACAUUCGUACUAUUGGUCCCAGUUUGUUAACUGAGUCUGUAUAAACAAGUGAACAAACUAUUUUUUUUAAAGAUACAUUUUAUCUUUUAUUUGGGUGGGUUUAAUAUUCCGACAUACAGUAAUUUUUCUACUACUAUGUAAUUUCUUAAGACUUUGUGAAAUAUGACAUUUGUGAAAAUAUAUCGAUGGUAAAUUAUAAGGGAUUGUGUAGAUGCAUAUAUAGUAGAAACACUCUAAAAUACUGUGAUAGGAUUUGAUGCCAAUAUCAAUAAAAUCACCAAACCUUG